AUGUUCCUUAGACCAAAGUUCCUUAGACCAAUAUUUUUAGAUGAAUGUUCCUUAGACCAAAGUUCCUUAGACCAAUAUUUUUUAGAUGAAUGUUCCUUAGACCAAAGUUCCUUAAACCAAUAUUCUUUAGAUGAAUGUUCCUUAGACCAAAGUUCCUUAAACCAAUAUUCUUUAGAUGAAUGUUCCUUAGACCAAAGUUCCUUAAACCAGUAUUCUUUAGAUGAAUGUUCCUUAGACCAAAGUUCCUUAAACCAAUAUUCUUUAGAUGAAUGUUCCUUAGACCAAAGUUCCUUAAACCAAUAUUCUUUAGAUGAAUGUUCCUUAGACCAAAGUUCCUUAAACCAAUAUUCUUUAGAUGAAUGUUCCUUAGACCAAAGUUCCUUAAACCAACAUUCUUUAGAUGAAUGUUCCUUAGACCAAAGUUCCUUAAACCAAUAUUUUUUAGAUGAAUGUUCCUUAGACCAAAGUUCCUUAAACCAAUAUUCUUUAGAUGAAUGUUCCUUAGACCAAAGUUCCUUAAACCAAUAUUUUUUAGAUGAAUGUUCCUUAGACCAAAGUUCCGUAAACCAAUAUUCUUUAGAUGAAUAUUCCUUAGACCAAAGUUCCUUAAACCAAUAUUCUUUAGAUGAAUGUUCCUUAGACCAAAGUUCCUUAAACCAAUAUUCUUUAGAUGAAUGUUCCUUAGACCAAAGUUCCUUAAACCAAUAUUCAAAAUGUUCCUUAGACCAAAGUUCUUUAAACCAAUAUUCUUUAGAUGAAUGUUCCUUAGACCAAAGUUCCUUAAACCAAUAUUCUUUAGAUGAAUGUUCCUUAGACCAAAGUUCCUUAAACCAAUAUUCUUUAGAUGAAUGUUCCUUAGACCAAAGUUCCUUAAACCAAUAUUCUUUAGAUGAAUGUUCCUUAGACCAAAGUUCCUUAAACCAAUAUUCUUUAGAUAAAUGUUCCUAA